AUGCUUAAAUGUAUCCUCAGUAAUAAUUUAAAUGUAAGCAAUGAACGAAUGAAUGAAUUGUUGUUAAGAUGUCUAUUCGAAUAUCGCACCAGCAUUCACAGUAGCACCGGUGAAACACCGUCAAAAUUAAUGUUUGGUCGUGAACCGCGAACGCGAUUAGAUUUAAUUUUACCGCCUACGAAUACAGACAUGCAAACAUCACAAGAUAGUAGUAGAUAG